AUCAAAAACACAAUAUUAAAGACAAUUGUUCCUUAUUGGUUUCCUCCAACACUCUAUAAAUCUAUACUUUCUAUAUCAGAUAUGAUCCACAAGCACAAGGCUUUCUAUUCCUCUCUAUCUCACAAACAAUGGCGACAUUGAGCCAUCUCUUUGACCUUCCAGAGCAGAUUUGCUACGUGCAGUGUGGUUUCUGCAACACCAUCUUACUGGUAAGUGUCCCAUGCAGCAGCCUGUCAAUGGUGGUGACUGUGAGAUGUGGGCACUGCACCAGCCUCCUUUCUGUCAACAUGAUGAAAGUUUCUUUUGUACCUUUCCAGUUUUUAGCUUCUCUCAGCCAUGAUCAUCAGCAAAAAGAUGUCGGUCCAGAAGAAGCUGAUACCCCAAAAGCCUUAGACCUUCAGAGAUCAUCAUCCAUGAUGGCCUAUUCUGAUAACGAAUUAGAGGAGGAUAAGAAUCUUGUCAAUCGUGUCAUUAAUAAACCAGCACCAGAGAAAAGGCAGAGAGCACCAUCAGCUUACAACCGCUUCAUCAACAGAGAAGAGAUCCGAAGGCUCAAAGCUGAAAAUCCAAGCAUGGCUCACAAAGAAGCCUUCAGUACAGCUGCAAAAAAUUGGGCCAGUUUCCCCCCAGUUCAUUAUAAAGAAGGUGGAGAUGGUGGUGACCAAGAAGAGGAUAAGGCAACAUGGAGUUGUGAUGCAACUGAGUUUCAGGACAACACUGAAGGCAAUGGUUUCCAUGAAAGAAAGGUCCCAAGGCAUUCCAUAUGGCCAAGGACACCCUUCAAGUGAAGAAGAAGAAGGAGGAGGAGGAGGAGGAGGAGGCUUAUACACACUGCCGUAAGAAGAAAACUGGUCAAUUUUUAGGGUUAGGGUUGGUUUCUGAAUCAUAUGUCCCUUUAGAGGGUAGAUGCUCUUGGAAAUGAGAUUUUCACUGUACUGUUUCUUGUGAAAGACUGAAUUUAAGAUACUUUUAAGUUUUCAAGGUGCUUAAAUUUGUCUGUCAGGGCCUAAUAACUUUUCAUUUGAUCCGAGGCCUAGCAAGCUAGCUUUCUAUUUACAGAGGUAAAUAAAGCUUUCUUAGUUUCUUUUAAC